ACCCCCUCUAGCAUUCUACCUGAGGCUGACCUGGCUGCGGGAGCUACUGCACCCACUCUCCCGGGCCACAGGUUCCAGACGCGGCCUGGAAGGGAGUCCCUGGAUCACUGUGGUCUUGUGCGGACCGCCUUGCCGAGAGGAGGGCUCUGCGGGGUGGAAACAGUAACAGCUGCCUUCACUUCCCUUGUGCCUGUAACUGCACCGAAUUUCAUGUCACCACUCUUGGAACAACUUGUAAAAACCUAGAGCAGUCAUUUUCAGAAUGUUGCCAGUCAGCACCAGCAUUAUCUCUUGGGAACCGGUUAGAAAUGCAAAAAGGCUACACUUCAGACCUGCACAACCAAAGACUAGGAGUGGCUCCCGGGUAAACUCCCUGCAGUUAAAGUUGGAGAAUCUUGGCCUAGAAAUUUCAGGUAGAGAAGCCAGUCUGCCGCCUGCCACAGUAGCCGUUACCUGGGCCAGACAUGAAGAACUUUUGGCAGAUUUUUGUCACAUGGGUCCUUUGUGUGAUCAUCUUGUGGCUGAUGGCCCCCUACUUGGAUCUAGAACCUGAAUUGGCACCCCAAGAAAAAUCAUUGGACUUAGUACCAUGGCAUGGCAACUGUCCUUGGAUCAAAUUCAGGAAAUGCCACUACCCAACUGGGACUCUCAACUACUCACUCUGCCACCACGCAGUGAGAGAAUGGAACUGGUUUGAUGCAUGCUACGAGAAGAUGAUGGGGAUCCUGAUGAGGGCAAAAGAGUCCAAGAUUCCUGGCUCCAUGCCUUGGUGGUUGGACAUGAACUCAGCAAGAGAGCUUGGCAAAGUAUGGAAGAAGUUCUUCAAGGAGAUUCCCAGACCCUCAAUGAGCCAUUUUGAUCUCUACUGUGGGACUUGUGCAUUGGUAGGAAACUCGAAGAUUCUGUGGGCCUCCAACAUUGGCAAAAAUAUUAACCAUCACACCAGAGUCUUCAGUAGGAACCAAACCCCUAUUCAGGACCUUGUGAUGGUUGGGAACCAAACCGGAGGCCGUUUCAUCUACCACAAGGGUGUCAGGGGUCAGGGUUCCUGGAGACAGCUGGUGCUGCUGCUGCUAAAGCUUUCUGGUCUGGUAUGGACUUCGAACACUCUGAGUGAGGAGAUUUUGGAAGAUGGUCUAAUGCCCUAGUGGGAUGGAGGAUAGCAAAGACCAGGAUGCCGGCUUUGAAUUUGGAUCAGGAAAGCAAGGAAAGUGGUUCCAUUUACAGGAGAAUGAUAAUCAGACCAAUAACUUCAUGGUGAUUCUGACUUUGCACAACACAACUGCGAAUUCUGUCAAUUAAGAGUGUGUGGGGAAGUUCAACGCCUGCACCUGGCCUGUGGAGUUCACACAAGUCCUAGUCCUUGGGGCUGAACACAGGGGAUCUUGGGAUUGUAGAACUGUGAGGUUUCAGGGGUAAAGGACAAGAGGAAAUUGUGUGGAAUUUGACGUUGAAUAAAAUCCUGCAUUGAUUUCUCUUAUACAGUAUCAGGGGAGGAAGGAUUACACUUGCUUUCCAAAUCCCUGGCAGUAGAUUCAUUCCUUUCUCUGCCUGAUUUUCUGAAUUAUACAGAUGGUGUACAACAUUCUAAAUAUACUGAGACCACUGAAUUUCAUACUAAAAUACUGAAUAUACUGCUGAGGAGAGCAGCAGGCAAGACAGGAGAGGUCUGUGCCAUUGGGUUAGCUCCCUGGCCAGGGAUUGAACUCAGGGAACCCAGACUGUAGUGGUGAUAGUGUGAUAGCUGAUAGUGGUGAGACUUAACCCCUAUGACACCAGGGAGGCCCUAGGUUGUCUCUUUUGAUGGCUGCUCUCGGUCACGGAAAUGGCAGCCUUUCUGCCUUCAAGUUACUGCUUUCUACCCCACGUGGGGAAGCAGAUGAGCAAAGGUAUUAGGUUGUGGUGUGGUGAUUGCUGCUUUAACUUGCUAAGGACAGAGACUUGUUGAGAGAACAGGGUGCUGUACCCACCAGAACCAGGCCCCUCUUGCCCCUUUCUGCUCUCAGGACGUCUUGACUGUAUCAGCAGACAAGGAAAAAGAAGGUUGCAGGAGGGGUAAAGUUUCAUGAAAGGAGACCUUGGCACUCAGCUCUGACCACCUUUCUUCCCUCCCAGAUCUGGUUAUCAAUCACGCUGUGAAGUAUAUCCUAGAGAACUGGCAGGAUGGUCAGGGGCAUUUCCUGCCCUCUGGAUUCACUGCUCUGGUUAUGCCCUGCUGCAUGUUAACAUGAAAUAAAGGAAGCUCUGCCCUGAUGCCCUUUGCAAGGUUG